UUGUCAGUUUCCGAAUGAAUCUCUCUCCUCUAGGCAAAUCCUCUAUCUGGGAGGCAGAGAGAAGGGGACAAUCUCUUCACUUGUAGCAACUGAACUGAGAGUGUUUGAAGAUCUAAAGGUGGAUGCUUCAAAAUGAACAGAUGAAAGGCUUAUGCCUGAUUCCCCUCCUCUGUGGAUGCUGCCUGAACUGCUGUGCUUUUCCAGCAACGCACUUUUCAACUCUGAGUGUCCAACGUCUGCAGUUCCCACUUUCACUUCAAUGUCUGCGAGUCACUCAAAUCCAUCGGGACUGCAAUGAUUUUAGACUAUGAUCCUGUGAGAUGGAGCAAAGUAUUGUGGUUCCUGUUUCAGUACGUUUUCAGCAUCAGUGGGACUGGGUGAGAGAGCUCAGUGCUGCAGCACACUGAGUGUGGAACCUGAAACAUUUAUACAGCCUGGAAAGAGGGGUUCACUGUGGCAACGGGCUGUACACGCGUUUGUGUACAGCUGAAGCUUCAGACAUGGAGAAACCUGAGGAAUCCCGGCCCAUGGGGAAACCAUGGAAGUGUGGCGACUGCGGGAAAGGCUUUCGUGUCCCAUCUGCCCUGGAAAGUCAUCGACGCAGUCACACCGGGGAGAGGCCGUUCUCCUGCCCGGAGUGUGGGAAGGGCUUUACACAUGCAUCCACCCUCUGGACCCACCGACGGGUCCACAACGGAGAAAGGCCAUUCUCUUGCCCUGAGUGUGGGAAGGGAUUUACCCGCUCCUCCCAUCUGCUGCCCCACUGGCGGGUCCACACCGGCGAGAGGCCCUUCACCUGCCCCGAAUGCGGGAAGGCUUUCACCGAUUCCUCCGCCCUGCUGAAGCAUCAGCGGGUCCACACCGGGGAGAGGCCAUUCUCCUGCCCCAAGUGCGGGAAGGACUUUACCCGCUACUCCAACCUGAUGAGGCACCAGGAGCUCCACACCAGGGAGAGACCAUUCUCCUGCUCAGAGUGCGGUCAGAGCUUUAACCGCUCCUCCAGCCUGCUGGCCCACCAGUCAGUCCACUCCGGGGAGAAGCCAUUCAGCUGUCCCGAGUGCGGGAAGACCUUUAGCAAUUCCUCCGGCCUGCUGGCGCACCAGCGGGUCCACACAGGGGAGAGGCCAUUCACCUGCUCCGUGUGUGGGAAGGGAUUCAGUCAGCUGGGCAAUCUGCAGAGGCACGAGUGGGUCCACACAGGGGAGCGGCCCUUCAGGUGCCCUGAGUGCGGGAAGGGGUUCACUUGCUCAGCUAAGCUGAUGACCCAUCAGCGGGUUCAUACCGGGGAGAGGCCGUUCACCUGCUCUCAAUGCGGGAAGGGAUUCCUCGAUUCUUCCACCCUGCUGACCCACCAGCGGGUCCACACCGGAGAAAGGCCAUUCACCUGCUCCGUGUGCGGGAAGGGAUUCAGUCAGGUGGGGAACCUGCGGACACACCAGCGGGUCCACACCGGGGAGAGACCAUUCGCAUGCUCUCAGUGUGGGAAGGGAUUCCUUGAUUCUUCCACUCUGAAGACCCACCAGCGGGUCCACACCGGAGAAAGACCAUUCACCUGCUCCGUGUGCGGGAAAGGAUUCAGUCAGGUGGGCAACCUGCGGACGCACCAGCGGGUCCAUGCAGAGGCAAGGCCAUUCACCUGCCCAAAUGCAGAAAGGGAUUCAUCGAUUGUUCUGGCCUGCUGAUCCACCAGUGGGUCCACACCGAGGAGAGACCGUGCAGCUGCCCGAAUGCGGGAAGAAAUUCAUUGAUUCUUCCGGCCUGUGGAUGUACCAACAGGUCCACACCAGGGACAGUUCGCUCACCUGCUCUGGGCUUUAUCAACACCUCCCACCUACGAAGGCACCAGUGAUUUCAUGUGCCAUUGCAGGGGGAUUGAAGGAGCUACGGUCUCAUGCCAUUAUCAGCUGGACAAUCGACUCAGCUCUGGGGACUUCCAUGUUUGAAUCCUGCAGCGGAGGAUGGCAGAAUUGGAAUUUGGUCACAAAUCUGCAGUUCAGAAUCUAAUGAUGAAAACAAUUUUGGGGAAGAAAAAAGGUCUAAUUCACUCAUGCCCUUUUUAGGGAAGGAAACUGCCAUUGCAGAAUGGAUUCACUGUCAUCCCAGCUGCAUCCUUUGUCCAGUCUGGCCUACAUGUCACUCCAGACCCACUGCAGCGUGGUUGACUCUUGACUGCACCCUGCCUUCCCGCCACCACAAGAAAAUGAGGGAGGGGAGAAACUUACUUGGAUACAAUAUAUAGGUUGAAAUUGCUGAGCUGACCGAUAGUAAAGGAAGUGGGCUGGGGAAUAUGUGCACUUUGACCUUGACCUGUUUAAAAAGUAAAGCUACUUUUGUACACCUUUUGCUGGGGAGAUCUGAAGAAGUAACGAAGUUGGGUCAUAAUAAAGGUUACCUGAACUUCCCGCGGUACUCAGACAUUGAAAUCUCUGAGAUCUAACAGGUAUUUCUUUUAAAGCUGCUAAUUUCUUUUAGCCUCCAGUGCUGAGUUUCCAAUGGCAUGUAUCAGAAGGAGCAGCAAUUGGGUAGUUAGUAUCAUUAGAAAUUGUAAAUUUUUCAGGAGUGCACAUACUGCAUCGUUUCAUCAGCAUUGUAAAGUUUCCUGGCAGCACCAGGCUGUAUUCACUAGAAGUGAUAUGGAGGAACUUGUGUUGGAAUGGGGUGAUAAAGUUAAAAAUCACACAACACCAGGUUAUAGUCCAACAGGUUUACUUGGGAGCACUACCUUUCGGAGUGCUGCUCCUUCAUCGGGUAGCUGUGGAGAAGGAUCAUAAGACACAGAAUUUAUAGCAAAAGAUUAUAGUUUCAAGCAACUGAAAUGAUAUAUUGAACAAAUCUAGAUUGCCGUUAAGUCUUUCAUCUUUUAGAAUGGGGUGCAGGUUUCAGUUCAUUAAUAUGUAAUUCCCAGAAAUUCCUUUAAGUCACAUUCUCAAUAUAACUUAAGGUUUUAUUUUUUAAAAAAGUGACAUCUCAGCUCAGACAACGCUUUAAAGUUUUGACAGUGUGUUGCUGGAAAAGCAUAGCAGGUCAGGCAUCAUCCAAGGAGCAAGAGAAUUGGCGUUUUAGGCUGGAGCCCUUCAUCAGGAAUAAGGCUGGGAGCAUCAGGGAUGGAGAGAUAAAUGGGAGAGGGUGGAGCUGGGAGAAGGUAGCUGAGAGGACAUACAGGUCCUGGGCUGCUUCCAUCACCACUACCUCACCACCUGAUGCAUGGAGGAAGAACCCAUUAUCUUCCACCUCGGAACCCUUCAACCCCAGGACAUCAAUGUGGACUUCACCAGUUUCCUCAUUUCCCACCUCAGCCCAGUUCCAACCUUCCAGCUCAGUACCAUCGUCAUGACCUGUCAAUCUUCCUUCCCACCUAUCCGCUCCACUCCUCUCUGACGUAUUACCUUUACCCCUCCCCCCCCAAUCUCCAUCCACCUAUUGCACUCUCAGCCACCUUCUCCCCAGCUCCACCUCCUCCCAUUUAUCUCAACACCCCCUCGGCUCCCAGCUUCAUUCCUGAUGAAGGGCUUUUGCCCGAAACGUCAAUUUUCCGCUCCUUGGAUACUGCCUGUGCUUUUCCAGCAACACACUUUCAACUCUUAUCUCCAGCAUCUGCAGAACUCAUUGUCUCCUAAUGCAUUAAAGUUGUCAUGUUUGAGUAUGUCUGUAUCCCAAUCUUGAAUCAGACCGGUUCUACUUCCACUGUUGAAAUAUAUAAAAUAUUACAUAGAUUGACUGCCUGCAGAUGUUGUGCAUUUGAGCAAAGUAGAAUGUAUUGCAAAUACAACUCAAUAAAUGCAAAUUCACAACAUCAAAUUAUAUGUGUAUGUGCAUGCUUGGUAAAGUGUGUGCAUGUUGGAGUAUAAGACUG